AUGAUCUCCAUCCUCGUAUCUUUUGUGCUGGCGCUGCUGGGCUUCGGCAUCGGGCUCUCCGAAAAUGUCCUCUCCGUGCUGGGCUUUGGCAUGGAGGCCACCCUGGACGGGAUCUCCUCCGCGCUGGUGAUGUGGCGCUUCAAGACGGGGAAAAAGCGGAACUUCACAGAUGCUGAGGCUGCGGCUCUGGCGAAGGAGGCCAGAGAUGCAAGGAGAGAGCGCAAUAGCUCUGUGGGUAUUGGCGCCACCUUCGUGGCCUCGUCCUGCAUGCUCUCCUUCUCCGCCGCUGGGCGCCCGAAGUGCUCUCGUUCUCUCACCCCAAGCAAGGGCCUAGCGUAUGUGAAGUCCUAA